AUGCACGAAGCUGCUGACAGAACCGAGUUCCGCAGUAAUGAUUCAGGCCCCCAUUUCCACACGAAAUAUUCACAGUGCCAGAGGUUUGCAUCCAAAAAGGAGACAGAGGAGGCCUCAGCCUUCAGUCAAGCAUCCUCAACAAGGGCCCCCACGCUGUCCCCGGUAUCUCCAGCCAGUACCAAUGGUACCGUGCCACUCGGAUUCUUUCAUGUUCACAUGAAAUUCUCUCUUGUCUAUAAAAUGGAGAGAGCACCUGAUUGCUAUGAUGCAAGGAGGCUUCUUGAACACUGGUUUAAUAUCAUAUUUACCGGAGAAGGAUUUGUUGUGACAAAUUUGAAAGUCAGGGAUAAUUAUCCACACCACGGCGCCUAUAAGAGGACUCAUGGGAAGGUAAAGCAGAUAUCACAAAGCUUUGUCUGUAAGGCCACUGUAAAGACCACAUCCCUGGAAAUACCAGAAGUCCUGAGUCUCAAGAUCAAAGAGCUGUUGAAUGACACUUACAAAGAGGGACCAUUUUCCCUGUAUGUGAAACCUGAGGAUGUGGCUGUGAAGUCCAUAGCGCUAGUGGGUUGUCCAGAAAGCUUUUUCCUCACGAGGUACAAUGGGAAUUAUUCCUGGCCUGUAACAAGUCCAGCUUCUGAGACAGAGGUCACCUGCAGGAAAAACCCUCCGCGAUCUGCUCAGAGGAGCUGUGAAAUUAGCAUUGAACUUGAGCAAGCUUUUUGGAAGAAACCAAAUGUGACUAAAUGCAAAUUACUGGAAAAACUUCCAAAUAAUAUCCUAGACCUCCAAGAUAUCAAGCUAACAGAAGAGAAUGCACAAGAUGUUGUACAGUAUAUUUUAUACCUCUUGCCUGAUGCAACACUGUGUGAAGAAGAGCUAGAAAUCGUUGCAAGUAAAAUUUCUGAUAUUGUAGAGCUUGCAGAUGUGAGUGUGACACUUGCAGAGAGUGUAUUGUCUAUACUAGACUAUAUUCUGCUGCGAGAAAUAGAAGAUGAGAACUUUAGGAAAAUAACCAAUUGUAUCCUGAAGAUGACUGAGGAGAUGGGCUAUAAGGUUACCCACACAGAGAGAAAUAUGUCAGUCAUAACCACGUCCUUGGCCCUCUUGGUGCUGCGUCCAGAUCCCAGCCUGUUUGGAGGACUGGCCUUUGGCAUUGCCUCUUAUGACAGAGGUGUGGAUCUCAAGAUCAGUGUACAAGAAAACCCUUUCAGAAAGUCUUUGGCCUCUGUGUUUUUGCCAAAAUCCCUGAAGAACUUCCUAGGCAUCGAGUACUCUGACCCAGACAAGCGUUCAAAGAUCCAGUUCAAGUUUUUUGGCACUACUUCACUUUUUCUGGAUGACAGUUUAACGAUGGAGAGGUUGAACACUUAUGUUGUGAGUGCCAGCAUUGAAAAUACAUCAAUUCAGAACCUUAACGAGCCUGUGACUGUCACUCUCCAGCACAUAGACCAGAACAGGGCACUGCGUGGACCCAAUGAGAUUAGACACGGGAAUUGGUCUAAGGUGAACGAUUUGUCAGAUUUGCUGCUGUCCUUUAAAGACUAUGAGGGCAAUGCAGCAGUGCACUGCGUCUUCUGGGACUUUGGGAAAAACAAUGGACUGGGUGGUUGGAAUACAUCAGGGUGUGAAAUGGAAUAUACAGAUAUGAAUUAUACAAUCUGUUUCUGUAACCAUCUUACCCAUUUUGGAGUCCUACUGGACUUGGCCCGGACAGAAAUAGAUGUCACACAUGAUCAUAUAUUAACUCUGAUAAGCUAUGCAGGAUGUGGUGCUUCUUCCCUUUUUUUGGGAAUAACGCUCAUGACAUACCUAACUCUUGAGAAGGUGCGGAGAGACAACCCCUCAAAAAUUCUGCUCAACCUUUGUGCUGCGCUGCUGAUGCUGAACAUUGUCUUCCUCACCAAUUCCUGGCUGACCUCAUUCAACCAGCCAGGCCUCUGCAUCAUUGUGGCCACGCUCCUCCACUAUUUCCUUCUUGCAGCAUUCACGUGGAUGUGCCUGGAGUCUGUUCACUUUUAUUUGGCUCUUGUCAAAGUUUUCAAUGUAUAUGUCCCAAAGUACAUCCUAAAAUGCUGCAUUGCUGGCUGGGGAAUACCAGCUACUGUAAUUACUCUUGUGCUCAUUAUAAAUAAGGACUUCUAUGGCAAUGGGUCACUCUCCAAGAGCCAUCCUUACAGCAAUUUUUGCUGGAUCCAGGACAACACAGUGUUUUACAUCUCUGUUGUGGCCUAUUUCUUCUUAAUAUUUUUGAUGAAUACAUCUAUGUUCAUCACUGUUCUCCUUCAAAUCCACUCUGUGAAAGCAAGGACACAAAAGACAUCCAGAUUCUGGAAACGGGGUGCUCUCCAGGACCUCAAAAGUGCUUUCAGCCUGAUGUUUCUUUUGGGCUUAACUUGGGGCUUUGCCUUUUUUGCCUGGGGAACAGUGAGGAUAUUUUUCUUGUAUCUCUUCAGCAUAUUCAACACCUUGCAAGGGUUCUUUAUCUUUGUGUUUCACUGCCUAAUGAAGGAUGAAGUAGUGAAGCAGUGCCGAGUGCACUUCUGCUGGGGAAGAUUUCGUCUGAGUAGUUGUUCUGCUGAAGUCCAUUGCAACCCCAGUGCUGUAUCUCCAGAAGAUGAUGAAACCAACCAACCUUUUUCACAAAGAAUACUAUCCAUGGAUACAGGGUUGCACUAUCCACAGAAAGUAGGAUUUUUACACUGA